UGGCGCCAAAGCGUGUCGCAGAGUGGGAGGCAAAGAGCUGAAACUGUGGUGUGCAGAACAGAAGGUACGCGGAAGCCGAGACCCCUGCGACUGUUUGGAUUGAAACCUUGACGAGCCCGAGGGACCGUCAUGUUCUGCGAAAAAGCUGUGGAGCUGGUUCGUGAGCUGCACCGCGCGCCAGAAGGGCAGCUACCCGCUUUCAAUGAGGAUGGAAUCAGACAAGUUCUGGAGGAAAUGAAAGCUUUAUAUGAACAAAACCAGUCUGAUGUAAAUGAAGCAAAGUUGGGUGGACGAGGUGAUUUGAUACCAACUAUUAAAUUUCGGCACUGUUCUCUGUUAAGAAAUCGGCGCUGCACUGUUGCCUACUUGUAUGACCGAUUGCUUCGAAUUAGAGCUCUCAGGUGGGAAUAUGGCAGUGUUUUGCCAAGUGCUUUACGAUUUCACAUGUCUGCUGAAGAAAUAGAGUGGUUUAAUCAGUAUAAAAAGUCUCUUGCUACCUACAUGAGGUCACUGGGAGGAGAUGAAGGUUUGGACAUCACACAGGAUAUGAAACCUCCAAAAAGUUUAUAUAUUGAAGUGCGGUGUCUAAAAGACUAUGGGGAAUUUGAAGUUGAUGAUGAUGGCACUUCGGUCCUUCUUAAAAAAAACAGCCAGCACUUUUUGCCUCGAUGGAAGUGUGAGCAGUUGAUCAGACAAGGAGUUCUGGAGCAUGUCUUGUCGUAACUGUGUCUUGUCAUGACUGCGGCUCAUGGUGACCACAUGGGGAGGCUUUGCCAAGGAUGAGGCUGAACACAUUCCACAAAAAUGUCUAUACUUUAACUGCUCCUCCCUGCACCUCCCUCUUGGAUUUAAAAUUUACAGAUAACUGUAAGAUAACCAAAAAGAACUGGGGUUUGUUUAAUGGUAGAAUGCUUGUCCCAUACAUGGGAGGUCCUGGGUUCCAUUCCCAAUACCUAAAAUGUAUUUAAAAAAAGGAAAAAAGGAAUAGUUGGCCAAGGUGUAUUAAGGACCUUUGUUUCUGUGUAUAUACCAUUCCUUCUGCUCCUUUCUGGAAAAAAGCUGUAUCUGGCCAUAGGUGGUGGCACACGCCUGUAAACCCAGCUACUCAGGAGGCUGAGGAAGGAGGAUUACAAGUUCAAGGCUAGCCUCAGCAACUUAGUGAGGCCCUAAGCAAUUUAGUGAGACUAUGGAUGUGGUUUGGUUCAGUGGUUCAGUGAUAAAGUGCCUAUGGGUUGAAUCCCUGGUAACUCCCCUGAAAAAAUUUUUUUUUUUAAAGUUCUUUCUAUAAUCAAAACAUUCUCAUUUUUGUUACAGUAUGUUUUUAUAAAUGAAAAUAAAUAAAUAUUCAUAAGUUUGAAUCUCUUUAAAAUAAAGGGAGUUUCAUGGCUGUAUAGAUAGAAGGCAAAUCCUUAUGAAUCUUGAGUGUUUUCAGGUAAUAUGUAUUUUGUAUGCCAGGGGUCCAAAUUUCUGGAAUACAUGUUUCUAAAUCACUUGAAUAAAGAUGAUUUUC